CUCUUUUCCCUCCACCCUGCCUUUCUUUUCCCCUAUCUUUUUAUUCCUUUCCCCCUUCUGUCCUCUGCCUUUUACCCUCUCUGCUGUCCUGCUUCCCCAUCUAUCCCUUUCCCCAUCCUAUUGCUCUUGUCCAUCCUCCUUCCAUGCCACUUCUGCCCUCUUCCUUUAUUCUGCCAUCCUCCACCAAAACCUCUCUGUUCUCCUCCCUUCACUCACUGGCUUCCUCCCCUCCUCAUCCUCAUCCUCCUUCCCUCCUCCUCUCUGGCUUUUCUCCGCCCCCGCCCCCGCCCCCAAGCCUCCGCCCCUUAGCCCCCGCCCCCAGCUGCCCGUCCCCAGCAGUUCAGUCCUGCAGUGAGUGUUGAGAGUCCAUAGCUAAGCACCAGGAGCUGAGCACUGUCCGCUGUGCCUGCCUGCAAGCCUCCGACAUGGCUCAGGAGAAAAUGGAGCUGGACUUUGAGCCUGACACAUCUGAUGGGGGCACCCUGAGGAGAUCCAGCAGCGCUCCCCUGAUCCAUGGGCUCAGUGACCUUUCGCAGGUUUUUCAGCCUUACACAUUUAAAACUCGGAGGAAUAGUACAACGAUUAUGAGCCGUCACAACCUCGUAAGUAUGGGAUUGCUGUCACCCUUACCUAAUCGGAUUCCUACUAGCCGCCUGCACCAACUCAAAAGGGAGGAAGGCAUGGAUCUGAUGAAUAGAGAAACUGCACAUGAAAGGGAAGUGCAAACAGUAAUGCAGAUCAGCCAGUCUUGGGAUGAGAGUUUGAGCCUGAGUGAUAGUGAUUUUGACAAGCCGGAGAAAUUAUAUUCUCCUAAAAGGAUCGACUUCACUCCAGUUUCUCCGGCACCAUCACCCACCAGAGGAUUUGGAAAGCAAUGUUUUUCGCCAUCCUUACAAAUGUUUGUGAGCAGCAGUGGGCUACCACCAAGUCCCGGAAUUCCUACUCCGAGACGCUUUUCCAGCAGGAGGCAUCGGAGUCCAGUGAAGUGCAUUAAGCCCAGUGUUCUUGGUCCUGUUAAAAGAAAAGGUGAAAUGGAGACUGAAAGCCAGCCCAAGAGGCUCUUUCAAGGCACUACCAAUAUGCUGUCUCCCGAGGCUGCACAAUUGUCUGAUCUCAGUUCAUGUUCAGAUAUUUUGGAUGGCAGUAGUAGCAGCAGUAGCAGCAAUGGCUUACCCUCAGCCUCACUGGCUAAAGGCAGCACAACUGCAGAGUCUCCAGUAGCAUGCUCCAAUUCAUGCCCUUCGUUCAUCUUGAUGGAUGAUCUCUCACCCAAGUGGUGUCAUCAAGGAGAAGAAAUUCCUGCCUUGACCAGAUGUGUGGAGCAUCUACAAAUGAAUGAAUAAUGUUCUUUACACACAAACCACUGUGUAGAAAAGCACACGCGGAGCUUGACAGCUUGUCUAUGGGAGAUAUUACGAGGCCUGAGGUGUCUUGGGGUGCAGUGCUGUGCUGUAAAGAUGUAUAUCACAUGGUAGGGUAGAAAAGGGGUCGUUAUGUGCCUGAUUGCCACAUAAUGUCUCAACUGCUACUUUUCCUGAUUACGUUUUUGUCAUUGGAUUCAUUUGUUUUGUUGUGUGUGGUGAGUGGUGCUGUUGACUGUGUGUUGGUCAUUCUGUUGCCACUGGAAUCAGAAUUCAGUUCUUGUUCAUGCUGCUUUAUAUUUAUAGCAAGGGCGGUUUAAUAUCUACGAGGCAGCUUUUAGGAACUGAAUGUUAAUGUCAAUGUUAUUGCGCAUUCUGCUUUUAAGAAGCUGUUUGAGCUGUGAACAAUUUCUGUGAUAGUGAGUCUGAGGUACCAGAAGUUAUUUAAUUUUAAAAGAGGGAAAUCCUGAAUGGAGCUCUUUAAAAAAACCGAGUUUAGUCUGUUGUUGUGUUAUUUAUUAUUUAAAACUGUAAAAAUGUCUGUUGUGAUAGAUUUCUUUUAAUGUUCAGUAAUCAUGGGUGGGUUGUCUGUAUUUAAUGCGCAAAUUUGCCUGCUAGGAUCAUAAUAUUCCAUUUUUGAAUGAAUGUAAGAAACGAAAACUACUGCACUUGUAUCUUUUGAAGGCAAAUAUCCUUGAAUUUUAAAGGAAGAUGUUGCACGUUGUGGGCACUCACAAACUAGUAAUACUGUACGGCUUGAAGGGAACCUUAUUCUCUUUCAAUUCUAAGAGAGCAUCUCUUAGCUAGCAGUAAGUAGUUCUGUUAGCAUCAGAUGCAUUGCUUAUUUUAAACUGUACUAACUGCCAUAAUGGCCAUUAAUGGCUUUCUCCUAUUGCUUUCACCUGUGCAAAGUCCAUAAUCUUUCAAACCUAACAUAAAUGUAUAUAUUGUGAAGAUUGUUCCCUUGUAUGCCAUUUUAAAGAAACAUUACUUUGAUGUUAUUCACUGUAUUUAUUCUGUUUGUGGAAGAACCACGUUAAGCUGUUUCUGCCUAUAAAAUACUGAGAGAUGGUUUUAUCUUACGGGAUAUUGAUCCACCCUCACUCUACCUUCUUUUUGCCUUAAAGGGACACUUUUGGCCAUCAUUUUUUGGCUCUAGUUUAGGACUCUUAAGAAAUAACCUUUGGGAUGUGAUGAUAUUUAUUUUUGAAGUUCAGUGGUGGGAUAGAAUUGGGACAGGAAAAUGAAAUUGUUCCAAUGGUAUGAGAAUUAGGCAAGAUGAUUCACUUUAAUGUUUAAACUAAGGUUUGUUUUUAUUAAAGUGACUGGAAAGUUAAGUUUGUGCAGGGAUUGUUUUAAAAUAAAUAAAAGAGAUUCUAACCUUCAGAUGAGCUUGGUUGACGGUACCCCUUUAUUUUUAUAUAAAGUUUAAUAUUUGAAAAGUGAUCAUUGUUAUAAAUUAAAAUUCUCCCUCCCUGGUCUAAUAUAGUCUUAUAUCAUAUUUCAGGCUUCUAUUUGAAAACAAGUACGAGAUGAUAAGAAAAUCCUAUAGAUGAUGCUCUUUUGCUUGACUUAUAAAAUCACUGUAUUUCAUGAUACCUGCUUUUGUAAUAAUAGGAAAUUUUGUGAAAUGCUGACUUUGUGUAUGUAUAUCUUAGAAUGCAAAUUUAAUAAAGUGUGUAUCCCUGCAUAAAAUUCUGUAAAAA